ACAAGGCAGUACUACCAAGCAGAGUCAAGCAGCAGCCAAACAGCAAGACACAAAUGAGAAACAGCAAUCACAAACCAUCGAUAUACAGAUUGACGAAGCAAGUAGAGAGAAAGAGAUGGAGGGGGACAUGUUAGCUGAUCAGUCUAAGAUGACUAAAGGAAGUGAAGUCAACAAUGGGAUGUUUUUGACUCUCACUCGUCAUGUUGAAGAAUCAGAGAGUGGGGAAGCAGAUGGACAACUUACUUCAUCAUCAAACACUUAUGAGGUUGUCGGUCAUGUUGUAUCAUCAGGUGCUGAGAGCAGUGGGAUUGAUUCUGACGAGAGUGGUCAGAUGUUUUUGAGUUCUCGAAAAACUAGAAGGAGGAUUGUCACAGCAAUAGUUGAUGAAGCUACUGCCUCCGAGCCAAUGCAAAGACACAAGUCAGCAAUUGGCAAGGAUGAUAUAUCAAGUAUUCAACAGAAAAAUACGACAGUCGCAAGACACACUCGUCGUAAAAACGUCACUAGAAAAGUAAAUGUGACCAGUACAUCGUCUAAUGGUGAUGGGGAAAGUAGUGAAAAUGCAAUAACAAACAGGGUUGAUUAUUGUACGACAUCUAGUGACAUCAGUAGUCCUGUACAACUUCGGAAGCAUCAAGAUGAUAGUUCUGCAGCAUUGUCAUCCCUGGUGCAUUCAGCUGUGUCUCGUAAAGUGUCUGCAAAAGUCUCUGAUAGGAAGAAAAGGACAACUAGAAAAUCAGUUGUAGUAAGUAUUGACAAUGCAAUCGACAGCAGUGAUGCUGAUGAUUUUAUACCAGACAAGGGCAGUCAAACAUUAGAGAAAACUAAAUCAUUGAGACGACUCAGAACAUCGCAGAGCAGUGGGGAGAAAAAUGGAGAUAUUGAUGCUAACAAUGAUUUACAAGUGAAAACUACGGCAAUAAGCAAACAUAGAAAACAAGUUGUAUCUCGCGUAGAGAAAGCGACUAGAAAAACUGGACAGAAGAAAGCUGCAUCAAAGCAAGUGAAAGCUGCUGACUCUAUAGCUGGUAGCUUUAGUAGAAGUGAAGGUAACAGAAGUAUACAACAAAAAAGAACGAAAAGGGCGUCAGUUUUACCUCCCUCAUUGCAGAAGACACAAAGUAAGAGAGAGAUGGACAGUCAAAGUAGAAAACGGAAAAGCAGCAGGGAAGUUAUGUCACCAAAGAAGAAAGAGGCUAGUUCUCAAGACAAUGACUCUGAUAUUGCAGUGGAGACUAGAGCAGAUUCUGAUUCGUCUUUCACUGAUGUGCAGCAAAGUGAGGUGCAUCAGACUCAAGCGGGUCGAAAGACUCGGAAGCAGAUUUUGGAGUCAUCUUCAGAAUCAGAUUUACUGGAAAGUAAAGAAGUAGAGGAGGAGGUAGUGCCUGAAUCGAAGAAGAAGAUACAAAGCAGAAAGAGGAAAAUGAGUGUUGGUAGGAAGAUCACUGCACGAGGUGAAUUCCAAACGGUUGGGAAGAAAAGAACAGGUGAUCGAUUGACAGCAUCACAUGAAGUGAGAGUGGGACAGUCUGGUCUGGGAGUGACACCAAUGGUAGGGAAAGGUAUUCGUCGCAGCAACCGAAAUCGUGUACAACCGCUUCGCUAUUGGAAGUUGGAGCAAGCCAUAUACAAAGUUACAGAGUUCGGUUUGCAGUUUGAUGGAGUUUCACAGCCAGUCAACCCAACUCCUCGUCUACCAAAAGCAAAACAACGUGUAAGGGCUAAAGCUCAAGCUAUCAAACGUCUACCUCAUACAACAGAGUGUAGUGUGGUUGAUGAAAGUGAAGAGGAGGAGGAGGAAGAGGAAGACUUAAUGUCUCGUUUGAAAGAGUAUGGAGUUGUGGGUCUGGAAGUGACAACUGCUUCUGUAAUAGCAUCGGAUGGGAAUAUCAGAGACAUGGAUGUGCUUCGACACAGUGAAGGGCUUGACAUGCGUUCUCCUUUUGGCGAUGUCGCUUCUACUAAUGAUGACAUGAUUCUUGCUAGACCUUUCAACUACAGCUCGUUUUCUUCAGGUGUGGUGAUCAUCAGACCUGGUGGUGAGAAGGAAAGCAGCGUGGUACGCAAGUCAACUUUGGUUUUUCACAUCAUGACCGGUGAGUUGAUAGUACAGAUACACGGUACUGUCUUUUAUGCUAAGAAAGGCACCAGUUUCAUUGUACCCAUUGGUAAUUCCUAUUCUCUGAAGAACAUUGGACAGAAAGAUGUUAAAUUGUACUUUGUUCAUGUCAAACAUGCUGCUCCAGUUGACGUUUGUUAAUCGGUAUUGGCAUUUAACUAUCGGCAGUCGUUCUACCAAACACUUUUCUUCUGUAGUAAAGCUAACUUACUUAUUUGCUUUCUUAUCAUCACCAAUUGUAGCUGUCUAGUUGCAGCAUUCAUGUGACUGGAUAGGCGGUACGGUACGCGCACGACGUUGUAAAUUAUUUAGUUGUGUACUGUCAGUGUGUUUGUUAAUUUA